AUGGCGACCACGGGGGUGGAGGCAAACACUGAAGCCUGGGAAGCUCGAUGGGAGCAGUUGCAGGCCGCGAAUAUCGUGGCUUCUCAGCGCAUCGAGAAUAUCGAUGCCCAGCUGGCACAGCUCCUCGAACGGCCCACCUGCCGGAGCUCAACAGUUUCAGCCGCCGCCCAGACGGAAUCGGAAGAUAAGAACCUGCGCGAGACAGUGGAGAAGCAGGAGUUUCAGCUGCAGCUUGCGGCAGGCGACAAGUUGAUGCUGAAGGACGAGAACAGUAAUUGCCGCAGGAUUGCGCUGGAUGCGCUCAAGGAGAAGAACGGCUACAAGGCGGAGCUCGCAGCCGCGCAGAGGCACCUUGGCUUCCUGACGGAAGGGGAGGAGCUGGAGAAUCAGGAGAAUGAGGACCCAGGGCAAGCCAGCACCGAGGCGAUUCUUGAGGACUCGGGAGAGCAGGAGCAGCAAGAAGAGCUACCGCGACCACAUCGUGCAAGUGGGCCUGGCUGGCUGUAUCUCUAUGGAGAGGCACUUCUUCCCCGAGCUGCAGACGGCCGCAUCAUCCUCAAGAACGAGGACAUGGUGGCAGCGUACGCGGCUCAUUUCGGGCAAACUCCCACGCCGGAGCAGCUGCGGAAUUGGGUGAAGAACAGCCAUGGACAGGCGAUCUCUUACAAGGAGGCCAGGAACCUGAUAGCCUCCGCCAAGGAAGCGAAGAAGCAGGCGAAGUGA